AUGGAGAUAUUAUUCUUUGUAUUCUCAUGCCUGCUGAUGCUUACAAAUCAUCUCCAUCAGUUCUGUUCAGAAGCAGCAACAUCCAAUCUGGAAUACCCAUAUCCAUUUAUGACAGCAGAUGCUAAAAAGGCAGCUGCAAGGACGUAUGAUUACAUUGUGGUUGGAGGAGGUGCAGCUGGGUGUCCCCUGGCAGCAACACUGUCACAGAAAUACUCUGUUUUGCUAUUGGAGAGGGGAGACUCUCCUUAUGGAAAUCCUGAUGUAGAGGAGUUCGAAAAACUUUACAGCCUUUUCGGAGAUGCCACAGAUUUUCCCUAUGUAGCAGAGGCGUUUUACUCAGAAGAUGGAGUGCAGUUGGCAAGGGGGAGAGUCCUAGGAGGUGGAACAGCUAUCAAUGGUGGCUUCUACAGCAGGGCGCGCUCUGAAGAUAUUCGGGAAAUGAAGUGGGAUGAGAAACUUGUGAAUGAAUCAUAUGAAUGGGUGGAGAAGUCAUUUAUUUUCAAACAGUACAAGCUUUUUCCUUGGAAUUCUGCUUUCAAGAAUGGGCUUCUUGAAGUAGGAGUUCUUCCUUACCAUGGAUAUACUUUGGAUCAUUUGGAGGGCACCAAGAUCAGUGGCUCAAUUUUUGACAAGAAUGGAAAGAGACAUACGGCCGCAGAUCUUCUCCAGCAUGCAAAUCCAGAGAAUAUUGUAGUUCUUCUGAAUGCUACUGCCAGCAGAAUCCUCUUCAAUUCGGUAUCAGGAAAGCUCAAGGCUAGUGGAGUGGAGUUCAACAAUAAUGAUGGUGCCCUUCCUUAUCAAGUAUCACUUAACCAAUUGUCAACCAAUAGUGAGGUGAUUUUGUCAGCAGGAAGCAUAGGUAGCCCUCAACUUCUCCUCUUAAGUGGAAUUGGUCCAAAAGAACAACUUAAAAAAUUGAAUAUUACUGUUCUUUUAGAUUUACCUUUAGUAGGAAAAAAUGUUCAAGACAAUCCAAGUACAGGGUUCCUUCUAGAAUCCCCAAAACCACUUGAAUUUGCUUAUUCACAAGUAGUUGGCAUUCUAGAUGAUUCACAAGUGUACAUGGAGGGUGGUAGCUAUAUCCAACAAAAUAUUACAAGUAUACAACAUUUAGGUCUUGUUAGGGGUAAAGUGGCAUUUCCUAUAUCAAGGGGUGAUCUUUGGCUUAAAAGCAUAGACCCUCAAGAUAAUCCCUAUGUUCGCUACAACUACUAUUCACACCCUUUUGAUUUGAAAAAAUGUAUGUUUUGUGUGAAAGUUAUGAUUAAUCUAAGUAUGUCAUCUCCUAUUCAACAGUUUGCAUUUACUAAUAACAAACAUAUGAAAACACUUCAAUAUGCUGGGACAAGCUUACCAAAUAAUCCACUAAACAAUUCUGCCUUGGCUCAGUAUUGUAAUGAUACACUAGAUACAUAUAACCAUUACCAUGGAGGAUGUCAAGUUGGUUUGGUAGUUGACAGAAGGUAUCAAGUUAAAGGUGUUGAUAAUCUAAGGGUUGUGGAUGGUUCAAUUUUUAAGGAUUCUCUUGGUACCAAUCCACAAGGCACUAUCCUCAUGCUUGGAAGGUAUAUGGGAAUUCAAAUCCUUCAAGAGCAACUAAAUAAUACCAUUUAUGGUAAUGUAGAACUAAACGGUACCAUUUAUGGUAAUGUAGUUCAUAAUGUCAUGGCUUGGAAAGAUAAAGGAGGUGGCCAUACGGGUGGUCACAAAGGAGGCAGAGGUAGAGGAUGGGGCUAUGGUUCUGACCAUCACAUUCCUCCACAACCACCCACUCAUGGGAGUGUUGAGCUGGAACAACCAGUUCAUCGGGAGCUGGAACAGUCUAUUCAUCAAAAUUCUCCGCAUGCAGGAGAGCAGUUUCCCGAAAGGGAAUAG